UCAAUCAAAUUUACUCAUUUUUGCUAUCGUUCUCUUAAUCUCCGCAGAAGUCAGCUCAAUGUUUUUGUACUGAGGAAGUAUAAAUUUUGACCCAAUAAACACCCCACGGAUGGAUAAACAUCAACCAGUGCAGCCGAAGAAGACAGUAAAAAUGGACGUUUCACAUGCUUCACCUGAUUCUGGUACGGAAGAAGUAGAGAUUCACAAUUGUGUGGUUAGGAAGAGAGUGAAUCCUCGAAAGCGCAAGGACAAGGUUUAUGUUGGCUGCGGUGCUGGUUUUGGAGGUGAUCGACCAUUGGCAGCUCUCAGGUUACUGCAACGCGUCGAAGAGUUGAAUUAUCUCGUGCUUGAAUGCCUAGCAGAGCGUACUUUGUUAGACCGCUACCAGGCAAUCAAGUCCGGUGGUGUUGGUUAUGAUCCUCGUAUUGAAGAGUGGAUGCAUUUGCUACUGCCCCUAGCAGUUGAAAGAGGGGUUUGCAUAAUCACCAAUAUGGGUGCAAACGAUGCGUGUGCUGCGCAGAAAAAGGUUUUAGAAACAGCAAGCACAUUGGGAAUUAGUAUUACUGUUGGUGUGGCUUAUCAAGUUGAGGUCUCAAAAGCAGGGAAUACCAUCAAGGCUUAUUGUAUUAUUGUUUUCAUAUAUAUAUAUUCAGGUGUGGAUCAUCAGAUGGAAUCUUUUAAUGAUGGAGUUAGUGUGUAUCUGGGGGCGGCUCCAAUUGUUGAGUGUCUAGAGAAGUACAGACCAAAUGUUAUAAUUACCUCUCGAGUUGCCGAUGCUGCUUUAUUCUUAGCUCCAAUGGUUUAUGAACUAGGUUGGAACUGGGACGAGUUGCAGCUGCUGGCACAAGGAUCUUUGGCUGGUCACUUGCUUGAGUGUGGCUGUCAGCUCACAGGAGGAUAUUUUAUGCAUCCUGGAGAUAGAUUUCGAGAUAUACCUUUUUCAGACCUUCUUGAUUUGUCACUUCCUUUUGCUGAAGUUGGUUAUGAUGGUGAAGUAUGUGUAGCAAAAGCAGAUGGGAGUGGUGGGGUGUUAAAUUUUAGCACCUGUGCCGAGCAGCUUCUUUACGAGGUCGGAGAUCCGGGUGCUUAUGUUACCCCAGAUGUACAGGUGAUAGAAUUACGAGAUGUUUCAUUCUGUUCAUUAACAAAAGAUAAAGUUAUUUGCUCUGGAGCCAAACCAGCGGCUGUAUUGGUACCUGACAAGCUCCUUCUGUUGGUCCCAAAGGAUUCAGGAUGGAAAGGGUGGGGAGAGAUUUCGUAUGGGGGAUGUGAAUGUAUAAAACGAGCUAGAGCUGCUGAAUUUUUGGUAAAAUCAUGGUUGGAGGAAAUAUAUCCUGGUGUUAGCAACCAUAUAAUUUCCUAUAUAAUUGGACUGGAUAGUCUAAAGACAAGUCACAUUGAUGAUAGAAUGGCGUUGGAAAGGUCAAGUUCAGAUAUUAGAUUAAGAAUGGAUGGGCUGUUUAAGCAAGAGGAUCAUGCUAUCCAGUUUACCAAGGAGUUUAUGGCUUUAUACACAAAUGGGCCAGCUGGUGGUGGUGGCAUCAGUAUUGGCCAUAAGAAAGAGUCUUCUCUUGAAAAAGCAUUGGUCAGUCGGGAGCAUGUUUAUUGGCAAAUUGCUGCAGAAAACAUAUCAGUGAAUUUAAAUAAUCAGAUACCGUGUCUUCAAGAAUUCAAACAAGACCAUGCCAAAAAGAAUUCAAUCUCGAUCUCAAUCCAGAAGGAAACUAUAUCUCGAUCUAGUGAGCAACUUUCAUUAUCCGAAAUUUUAUCCUCUCCUGCCCUAUCAGGUCAACCUAUUCCUUUAUACAGUGUCGCCCAUAGCAGGGCUGGAGACAAAGGGAACAACCUGAACUUUUCCAUAAUCCCACAUUUUCCCCCAGAUAUUGUCAGGCUGAAAAGUAUUUUAACUCCAAAAUGGGUGAAGGAAGUUAUCUCAACACUUGUAAAUCCUUCAUCUUUUCCCACUACAGAUGAUAUUGAAAGGAGAGACAAAUGGGUCAAUGAACACAUUGCAGUUGAAAUCUAUGAAGUUGGGGGAAUUAAGUCUCUAAAUGUGGUGGUUAGGGAUAUAUUAGAUGGUGGUGUAAACUGCUCUCGGAGGAUUGACAGGCAUGGAAAGACCAUUUCAGAUCUCAUACUAGCUCAGGUGGUGGUGUUGCCCCCAGAGUCCAUAUAAUAAUGUUUCAGGUUCCAAUUUGCAACACCCUCCCCCGAAAGCAUCCAGUCACUAUCUUUCAGGCAUACGUUUCUCUACUUGAUUUACUACAUCAAUUGCUCCAGAAUAGGCAUCAAGCCUGGGUCUUUGAUGUUGCAUACAGUUUUGGUGUCGUGUUCCUUCGAUGAAGCAUAGUGACAGUGCAGAAUGAAAAAGUAAUCUGAAUUGACCUGAACUUUGUAACCUGUCACCUUGGGAACUGACUGAGUUGCAUACUCUGAAUUCUUAACUUUGUAACCUAAGCGACCUAGGGAAGCAUACUCUGAAUUCUGAACUUUGUAACCUAAGCCACCUAGGGAAGAAGACUCUGAAUUCUGAACUUUGUAACCUAAGCCACCUUGGGAAACUGACCUUGCGUACUCUGAGUUCUGAACUUUGUAACCUAGGCCACCUCGGGAAACUGACGGAGUUGCAUACUGACGGAAGCAUAUGAAGCAAAUGCUCUUUCGGGGCCUGAACCCAUCUUCGAUGUAUAUUAGCAAUGUCCUCUAAAAUGUGUAAGCAGUGUAAUAUUUCUCCCCUCUGUUCAUUAAAAACUAUGUGUUGUGCUGAUCAUUGCCAACUUUUGUCAUGAGUUAGAUGUGUACACCAUCAGGUCUAAAUUUAUACACAUUUAAGUCAUGCGUAUUGCCUCGUUCCAGGUGAAUAAGAUGAGGAUACUGGAUAAGUAUCAAAUUCAUCGCU